GUACUUUCCACAUGUUCACAUUUCUUACGUUUAGCUAUCUUAGAUCCAAUUAUUAUGCCAGAUACAAUGUCAUCCAUAACUGAUGAUCAUAUAUUUGGUAGGACAAAAAAUGCUACACCGAAAAUUUUAUUAAAACGUAUGGGAUGGGCAUCGUUUAUUUCACAAUAUCAUGAUUAUGCUAACAAUCAAUGGAUUAAUGUUGAUUUGAUUGCUGUAAAAAAUCAAUUAAUUGAACAUGCGGUCAGUUGUGGUGAGGCUUCAAAUGAUUUAAUUGAAUGUUUACGUUUAUCACGACCGAUAUUGGAUCAUUUAAAAGUGCCACAUGAAGAACGUGCUCGAAAAAAUGGACAUUUAUUUGAUAAAUUAUUAAAUGCAUGCCCAACUCGUAUUCGUUCAAAAGCAUUAGCACGUCGUCAUUUAGUGAUAGCAGCUCGUGUUAUUAAUGAAUUUGACAAAGCUAGAGGUUUAUGGUUAACAACAGAAUGUGAAACUCGAGAUAAUAGAGUGAAUGAUAAGAAUCUGUCAAGUGGUGGUGAUGAUAAAGAAGAACUUGGCAAUUCGAGACAACAUCACGGAGAAGUUUCCUCUGUCGGCGCUGAUGAUGGUGAAGAAGAAGGUGAAGACGGUGGUGGUACUGCUAAUGAACGAAAGGAGAACAAUAACAGCAACAACAAUGAAGAGACGUCGACAAUCAAUAAGUCAUCGCUUCAAAAUACUUUAAAUGAAAAUGAUAUCAGCCGUACAACUAAUCAAGAUCAGUCAAUGGAUAUAGAUCAAUCUGUUGAAAAUGAUGAAACAUUGG